AUGUUUCAACAGACUCCUCACGAUCAACAGAGCAAGAAUUGUUACCCAUUACUUGUACCAGGUAACGCCAAAAAGAAUAGUUUACAACACCAGCAAUUAGGUGGUUCAAAUGGUUCAUCCUCUUCAUCAACAACUACAAAUAUUGGCGCCUCAACUGCCAAAUCAAUUGGCAUGCACACUAAUGAAAAGAUUUCAAAUCAAAGUUUUGGAAUGGAUCAUGUUUCUAACAAUGGUAGCAGUAGUAAUAUUAUUGGUGGUGUUUCUUCUACAAUGCCACGUGGUAACAGUGGCAUGAAUACUGCUCAAUCCUCAUAUACAUCUACCACCCCAUUCAAUCAAGAAACACUUCCAAGACCCAUUGCAACUUUUGAGAAAACAGCACCAAUCAAUUUGAGAGAAUUUACUAAUGUGGGUGGAUACCCAUUAGGUCCAAGCAAUAUGAACCCGUCAUCUUUAAGAAAUGCAUCAUCAACAGCUUCCACCAAUUUAUUGAGUAAUCUAUCCACAACAAUACCAUCAGCUCCAAGCACUAUGGGAAACGCCAUCAUUUCAAUUCCUCCUCAACAAGAGCAACAACAAAAUCGCCAACCAGAACACAAUUCUGAACAUGGUCCAAAAUUGCAUUUCUGUAAGAAGCAACUCAAAGAACAAACAUGUGCAGAGUUGCAUUCAGAGCCAGAAUUCAGAGUCAAUGACAAGACCAAACAUCCACCUAACACCUUAUUCAAUGUAUCAAUUAAGGAUGUCUUGACAAUUACUGGCUAUUUCCUCAAUGAUUGCGAAAUGUUCCUUCGAUUGGAUAAUGGAUCACAACAUGGCUCACCUGUGGGAAGUUGUUUUUUCAAACCAACUACCAUGGUGGGUGACAGCUCUAAUAGAUUAUUUCGUGCCAAAAUUGAUAUCCCUCCAUCCCUCAAUACAAAAAAGGGAAAUACAUCCUCUCGUGUUGGUUUUGUAGAGAUUUAUGAUUCGAAUAAUAAGAUGAUUGCUGUGAGUGAUAAGUUUUGGAUAAGAAGUAGAUCGAGAAAUCAAAUGAUCAAAGAUGAAUCCACAAAGAAGAGAAUUCGAAUGAACCAGAAGGGUGAAAGUCAAAAGCAACAAAAGGUUUUCCACGACUAUUCACCAACCUCACCACAAUCAGAAACCAAUUCCAAUCCAGAAAAUCAAGAGGAAGAGCUGAUUGAGAAUGUUCCAUCAUCAAAGAAGGUACUGGCAUCAGUCCCUCAACUCCAACAUCCAGGUCAGUAUGCUAAUCCCCUAUCGGGCGCCCCAUCUACUGCACUUGUACAAGCAGGACUUGGUGGCAUAGGAUUUAAUUAUGAUCAAAGAAAGCAAUCAAUUGCACCUCCUAUGACUUCCUUCUCCACUGCCACCACUAGUUUAUUACAACAGCAACAACAGGUGGCCAAUGAUUUUUCACUUGGAAAUAUGACAGAUUUUUGGAACACUGCAAGAAACACCACACCAGAUUUUCCACAAAAUUCUUCCUUCAGUUUUCUUGAUAGAGAAAUGAGUAAUGCAAGCAAUAGUAGAGCUCCAACCACCUCCAACUUACUUACACCUUCCUCUUGGGCCUCGAGCAAUAGUCAACAAGGAGAGCCAUUGAAAACAUUGGAAAAUCUCGUCAAAAAUCAACAACAGAGAAUUGAAGAAUUGAGUUGUCUCAUCGCCAACAAUGCAAAACUCAUUCACACACUACAAAUGCACGUUCUUUCACUUACCAACCCAAUAAACAGUGAACCUUAA